GUCUCCUCGGGGGAGGACAUGGAAAUCUCCUCCGACGACGCCGAUCCCCUCAUGGCCGUCACCCUCCCCCCCCCGCGCCCCCUCCCCGAUUUCGGGGGGUCCCCCCCGGCCCUUUACGACCUUUUGGGGCGCCUGGGGGUGGGGGGGGCCGGCUCUCGCUGGGCGGGGGGGGGGGUCCCGGCCUCUUUCCAGCUGCAGACUCAGCUCCUGAGCCGCCUCCGCGCCUCGGGGGGCUCCAAAUCCCCUUUUGGGGUGCCCCCCUACGCCCCCCACCCUCCUCGCUUCACCCCUCCCCCUCCCCAUUUCCCGCCCUUCUCCCCCCAAUUCGUGGAGGAGCGACCCCCCCGGCACCGAGCCCGCCCCCCCCCGCCCCCCCCGCCGCCCCCCCCGGAGCCCCCCGGGGUUUUUGGGGGGGGUCCCGUGGAGGGGGUGCUGGCGGCGCUGGUGCAGGAGAUGAAGGCGACGAUGCAGCGGGAUUUGAACAGGAAGAUGGUGGAGAACGUGGCGUUCCGGGCCUUCGACGCCUGGUGGGAGCGCAAGGAGGAGCAGGUCAAGCCAUUCCAGUCGGGGCGGGGCCGGGACGAGGCCCCCGAGCGGGCGAGGCCGAAGGAGCCGCCCCCCGCCCUCCUCUCCCUCGUGGACUGGGCCCGGGGCGGGGGCUCGGGGCUUCGGGGGGCCCUCAGGCUCCCCUCCUUCAAGGUGAAGCGGAAAGAACCCUCAGAGCUCGGUGAGGGGGGGGAGGAGAAACGACCCCGGCCCCCCACCCCCCCGGAGGAGGAUGAGGAUGGACCCCCUAAAUUCCCCUUGAGCCCCCCCCGUGCCGAGGCCGCCGGGAAGCGCCGGAAGCUUUUCCGGCUGGACAGCGAGGGGGAGGAAGCGUCCGAGGAAUCCUCCUCGGCCAAGGAGGAGGAGGAGGAGGAGGAGAACGAGGCCGAAGCAGCGCAGAGGAGGAGGAGGAGGAGGGGGAAGGGGGAGCAGCCCCUCCCCCAGAGCCGCAGGGACAGCGAGAGACGGGGCGGACCCCCCCGGCAGGGACAGGAGGAGGAGGAGGAGGAGGAAGAGGAAGAGGAUGAGGCCGAAGCUGCCAGCGAAGGCUCCUCCAAGUUCUCGCUGUACGAGGAGGGCGGGGGGGGCAGCACCUCCAGCAGCUCCUCCUCACGCCCCCCAUCCUCCUCCUCCUCAUCAUCAUCUUCCUCCUCAUCUUCCUCCUCUUCCUCCUCCUCUUCCUCUGAGGACGAGCCCGAGGAGCCCCCCCGGCCCCCCUCGCCCAAACCAGCCCCUCCCCCCCCACCACGCCCCUCCUCCCCCAUCCCGCUGCUGCCCCCCCCCAAAAAACGCCGCAAGACCGAGGAGCCCUGCCCGGCCCCUCCCCCCCCGCCGACCUCCCCUCCCCCUCCCCCGCCUCUCCCCGCCCCCCCCCGCCAAACCCCCCCCUCCCCCGGUGCCCCCCCCCCCGCCGCAGAGACCCCCCCAGGCCGCCCCCGCCGCCCCCCCCCAGGCCGGUGUCCAACCUCCCGGCCGACCACGCCUCGCUGGUCAAGAGCUGGGGGGGCGGCGGCGACGAUUUCGGGGGAGCCCCCGGGGGUCCCCCCCGCCGCCCCCCGCCCCGCCGCCCUCCCCCCCGCGCCCCCGCCGAGCACCUGGGGGCCACCUCGCUGCUGGAGCUGGCCCGGGGAGCGCAGAGCGGCGCCCAGAGGUGUCCCCGGAGCGGGGGGGACCUGGCGGUGCUGGCGGCCAUCGCCCUCACCCGCGGCAGCGACGCCGACGACGACUCCGAGGGCGACGCCGACGACGCCGCCCCCGCCUCGCCCCCCCGGGACCCCCCGUUUCUGCUGGAGCACAACUACGCCGUGCCGGCGCGGGCGGGGCCCCCCAAAACUCCGCCGGCCGCGCCCGCCGGCCCCGGCCCGUGCCUGGAGGCCUCCGCCGCGGAGGUGCUGGAAGCCCGAGGAGGUGGUGGCCGAGCCGACCCCGCCCGGGAUCACCGACGGGGACGCGGGGGUCGCCGCGGCCCCGCCCGCGCGGCGUAAACGGCACCGGCCGCCCCCGCCGUCGUCCUCGAGCGACGACGACGACGACGACAGCGACGGCAGCGGCGGCGGCGGCAGCAGCAGCGAAGGCUCCGGCGGCGCCCGGCGCUGGCUGCGCCCUCGCGGCGUCCCCCCGGCGUCGCCGCCCGCCGCGUUCGCGCCGCGCAGCGAGUUCGAGCAGAUGACGAUCCUGUACGACAUCUGGAGCGCCGGGCUGGACGCCGAGGACGCGCGGUUCCUGCGAGUCACCUACGAGCGGCUGCUGCAGCAGGACGGGGCCGCGCACUGGCUGAACGACACGCACUGGGUGCACCACACCGUGACGAGGACGAGCAGCCCGCGGCGCCGGCGCCGGUGGCCGGAGUGCCGGGAGCACCGGACGGGCAGCGCCCGCAGCGAGGGCUAUUACCCCAUCAGCCGGCGCGAGAAGGCGCGGUACCUGCGGCCCUGCCCCGCCCCCCGCCCCGACCCCGACGCUCCCGACACCCAGGGUCCCAACCGGGUGCUGUCGGAGCGACGCUCGGAGCAGCGGCGCCUGCUCAGCGCCAUCGGCUCGGCCGCGCUGCCGGAUAGCGACCUGCUCAAGCUCAACCAGCUCAAGUUCCGGAAGAAGCGGCUCCGGUUCGGCCGCAGCCGGAUUCACGAGUGGGGCCUGUUCGCCAUGGAGCCCAUCGCGGCCGAUGAGAUGGUCAUCGAGUACGUGGGGCAGAACAUCCGCCAGGUGGUGGCCGACAUGCGGGAGAAGCGCUACGCCCAGGAGGGCAUCGGCAGCAGUUACCUGUUCCGCGUGGACCACGACACCAUCAUCGACGCCACGAAGUGCGGCAACCUGGCCCGCUUCAUCAACCACUGCUGCACGCCCAACUGCUACGCCAAGGUCAUCACCAUCGAGGCGCAGAAGAAAAUCGUCAUCUACUCGAAGCAGGCGAUCGGUGUCAACGAAGAGAUCACCUACGACUACAAAUUCCCCAUCGAGGACACCAAGAUCCCCUGCCUGUGCCGCACCGAGAGCUGCCGCGGCACCCUCAAUUAGCCACGCUGGCCAGCUGCCGGGGCCGGGCCGUGCCGGGAAGGGGAGCUCGGGGCGGCCACGCUCGGGUUUCGGUCGCUUGAGGUUGAUUUUGGACAUCCUCAGUUUGAGUUUUGGCCGCGGGGUUGGUGUUUACCUGCCACAGUUGGCGUUAGGGGGCCGCCGGCGUCUUGAGGACGUGCCGGGGUCGGCGUUCGGCCGCCGAGGCUUCGUGUUUGGCCACCGGGGUCGACCUGGGGACCGCCUGGGACACGAGGAUGGCCGGAGUCGGCCUCCGGCCGCCGUGCCCGAUGCGCGGCCGUCGCUGCUGACGUGACAAGGCCGAGGGCGGCCGGACAGGUCCCCGUGGCCGACCUUCGGCCACGGCCGUUGACCGCGGGUGCCGCCGUCACCGGCGCCGUGCCUGGGACGUUGCCGCCCCUCCCCCCGCCUCGUGGUGCCCGCGGUGACGUCACCGUGACAUCACCGUGACGUCACCGCUCCCCUCCCCCCCCUUGAAAAACGCUCUUUUACCCUGUUUUUUUGUUUUUUUUUUUUUUUUUUUGGUUGGUGGUUUUUUUUUUUUUGUUUUUUUUUUGUUUUUUGGUUUUUUUUGGCUGUUUCUUGUAGAAACUUGGGGCGUGUCCGUGGUGGGGAGGU